UUAAUUUCAUUUUGUAGGAUGGCACAGUUCCACCUUCUCGACCCGUUCUACGACGAGAGCCACCGGGGGCGCCUUCUGUCGGAAGGCCAGGACCUAGCAACGCUUCGUUCUAGGACACACAAUGGGUUCCUAGACAUGGUGUUCGACGACAGGUACACUAAUUACCUCAGACGAGCAGGUCUAGAUGUAAUAUCUUACCAGUUACGACGCGGGUUGCCUACUAUUGAUUCGGCGGCCAUUACUGCACUUGUGGACAGGUGGCGUCCUGAGACACAUAGUUUUCAUCUUCCUUUUGGUGAGAUGACAGUCACAUUAGAGGAUGCACAGAAGAUACUUGGACUCAAUGUUGGUGGCAGAGCAGUGACAGGCCAAUGUGACUCUGACGGAUGGAGGGCUAGAGUUGAGGCCUUUCUUGGUAGGGAGCUUCCUGCUGAGGGCGUUGAACGGACUGCUGGAGUAGGCAUCACAUGGCUCCGUCAGUCUUUUGGUGUGUGCCCUGCUGAUGCUGAUGAGGCUACAGUCCAGUUCUAUUGUCGAGCUUGGAUCUUGCACAUGUUUGGUUGUGUCCUCUUCCCAGACGCCACAGGAGACUGCGCGUCCUGGAUGUACAUCCCAUGUCUAACCGACUGGGAUACAGCUGGACAGUACAGUUGGGGCUCCGCUGUGCUUUCUUUUUUGUACCGGCAGCUUUGUGAAGCUUGCCGUCGUACGUCCUCCUCUUCGUCUAUAGGCGGUUGCGUCUACCUCCUGCAGAUAUGGAUGUGGUUUCGCAUACCAGUUGGUCGACCACGUGUUUUCCAGCCUAGACCCUGGCCAUGGAUGAUUCAUGGAAAUGAUCGUCUUCGACCGACGUAUGCUUAUAUUUGGGACCAAGUGGCAGCUCCUUUUGCGAGAGCUAAGAGGGCAUACAUGGAGUAUGUUAACGAGUUUGACACCCUUUCUGCCUCUAGCGUCACAUGGCAGCCAUACAACGCACCUGAGUAUGCUGGGAUGAUCUUUAGUGUAGUAUGCAGCAGUGAAGAUGAACUCUAUAUGAUGCAAUGUCCUUUGGUCUGUUUCUGGUGUGUUGAGUGGCACCUACCUCACAGGGUUCAGAGACAGUUUGGUAGGAACCAGCUAUGGCCGGUUGAAGAUGUUCCUACUUCAAAGGAGCUACACAAAUUUGACCGGCGGAAGCAAAAGAAGAUAACGGACUUUCGUCAACAUCAUCUGAUAUUAGUAAAUGAUUGGGAAUCGGGUGCUGAGAAUGUAUAUUCCAACGAUGAGUUGCACAACAAUAGUGAUUACAGGCGGUACCAGGCUUGGUACCAGGGUGCGACUCGUUGUAAGCUUCGCCAGCAGUGGACAGCGGAAGACUACGCCGACAUUGAUUCUUCAGACGAUGAAGAAACGGAGUAUGACCUGACCACUAGACUGGGAACCCAAGUGGAGGCGGCACCCAUAUUAGAUCGAGUGGGUAACACAUUGCGACGGUCGGUAGAGGACAUUGAUCGCCAACUUUUGACUACGGGCGACAGCAGCAUGCGCAGCUUCUUGCAGCGUUUAUCUAGGCGCCUACGUGGAGCUGCUGCUCGCUGUGGCUGCAGGACUACUGUUGCACAUGACGUCCAUGUACCAUCGUGUACCGACACAGCAACGCCCUCCACAGGUCUUGGUGCUGGCUUCGACUACGAUCACGACGAGAUAGGACCUUCACAGCUUGAGGGGGCUCCUUCGACACAGCCAUUACAACCACAGGAUCGUAGGCGACACCGCUCUCCACAACGUUACACUCCAGGCACCGACGCUUUAGGCAAGGGUAAGACUAGGAGACGUUGAAUUGGUUUGGACUCUAUGGACUUGUUAUGUAACGUAUGAAUUAUAUAGACUUGUAAUGGACUCAUUUGGCCUCUACGGGCUUGUAUGACAUUUUAAUGGACUUGUAUGAAUUCUAUGGACUUGUAAUGAACUUGUUUAGACUUUUAUGAGCUUGCUUGGAAUUGUUUACAAUUGUAUGCACUUGUAUGUUAUGCUUAUCUAUGAGUAUGUCUUGGAUUGACAAAAAACAGAGAAAACUCUGCCGAA